UUCAUCUAUCGUAAAACCUAUAAAGCUUCUUCCCAAAAUUUUAAAUGAGAUGAAGAUGAGGUUAUGGUUAUUCUCAACAGUUUCCCAUGUUCAGCAUACAUCGGCAUUCGAUUCACAUUGUCGAAUAGUUUGUCCAAGAAUAAUGCUAUAUCUGGGGCGGGAUUUUGUGUACUAUGGAAUUCUACAAUUUAUUCCAAUUUGUCGAUUUUGGUAUUAUGUACGUUGAUUUAGCAAUUGUCGCUGACUUAAAACUAUCGCCUAUUUGCGACACAUUUAUGUGUGUUGAGAAGACAAGGAUAUUACUGAUUAAAAAAGGGCAGUUAAAUAUUUGCUGUAAGUUAGUGGAUAGUUUCUGUAUUUAUUAUUAAUCUAUGAUGGAAGUUGGAUGAUUGUCUAUGGUGGACGAUAGUGGGAAAAAGGAAAAGUGCGGUUGUGGUAGAGUUUUAUUUUCUUUAAUUUGGCUUCUACUGUACAUAAUUAUGAGAGUUACUGCAGAACAUUGGAAAGCAUUUUUAGAUCUCGCUGAAGAAAACAGUGAAUUAAUUACAAAUAGAUUUAAUGGAGCAAAUGGGCGACUCAAAAUCAACGAGUUAUGGAAGAAGACAACAAACAUUUUAAAUAGCUUAGGCUAUGGUAGCAAAUCAACCGAGGAAUGGCGAAGGGCCCUUACAGAUUGGAAAUGCAAAACUAAGGCAAAAUGGUCGAAGGUACAUAAGGAAAUGGUAAAAACUGGUGGAGGAGAAUACAAAAAUAUAAUGCUGUCUGAUAAUGAACAAAGGCUUUUAAAUCUCAUGGGUAAAAAAAAUGUUCAGGGUGAUCCUGUUAAGGAGAUAGGUUUGGAACAGGGAGAAUCACAACCAAUCGAGUUUGUAGACCACGACUACAUAGUUUAUGAUCUUGAAAAUGGAGUUAUGUAUAAUAGUGAAGAAAAUGAAAACUUACCAUCAACAUCACGCAAAAGAAUAAGAGAUGAAAUAGAACCUGCAGCUUCAAAAAAGCCAAACUAUAAGCAGAAAUGCUUGUCCCAACGGAGAAAUGAUAAAUUUUGCAACAAAUUAUCUGAUAUGCAGUCAGACACAAUGACCAUUUUGAAGGAAAUAAGUGCUAAUAUUAAGUCUAUAGGUGACACAUUUAAUCAAUUUUUAGAUAUUUAUAAAAAGACAUGUGAGGGAGGAAAAUAAUUUAUAGAAAAUAGUAUUGGUACAGGGUCAUAAAAUUUGGACUGCACGAUUUCAUCGAAAAUUUUGUAGAACAUUCCUAGGUUUAUUUAGCUAAUGUGAUGACUAGAUGCGUACAGGUUUUUUAAUUAAUAUACUUAGGAAGGUCGAUUAUGUAAAAAGAAAAAUUGUAGAAAUUGCGCAUGUUACUCAAAUUUUAUAAAUCUGUUCCAUAUUAAAUUUGAACUUAAGAAUUUUGUUACUUUUUGACUGAAACCGAUGUAGGUUUUCCAUAUUAAUGUUAGGAUUAUCAUAUAAGUUAACUUGAGAAAUAUUUUUUAUUCAUAAAUCUGUUACUGUUUGUACGUAUAUAGUUCCUAGAGUUAUUAAUAAACAUUCUUUGUAUUUUU